AUGGACCCUUCCCGUGCCCCACACAAAGCAAAUGCCGGUUGCAGAAGGGACCCACCUACUACGGAUACGGAAAAGGAAGACAUCGUGAACCCAUGGCUAGCGCAGAAGGGACCUCCCUUCACCGGAGCUAGCAGGCCACCUCCACCGGAACUGCUCAUGAAGACGCUUACGACGCGACAAUGGAAGGCCCUCAUCAUCGGAAUGCUUGCCUGGUGGCUUACGAGAAGCGAAAUACUCACUGCUCUCAUCCUGAUCCUGACGGCAUUCGAGGAAACCCCCAGGACGGGAUCCCCCGACCCUCUCAAAGGCGCGAAUUGCAAGGAAAAACAUUGCAACGACUCGGAAUCAUCUGAUCAAACAACGACAACCACAGAUAUCGUACCGAUGGCUCAGAACGACAAAAGCCUUGAUACCGUGCCAAAGAGCGACACUGGCCAAAGCACGGAGGCCAAGAACGACACCGAGGCGACGGUCAACAAGGCCCUCUUCAACCUGUUCCAGGAACUCAUGACCAAAGGAUCAAAUGGUCCUUCGUUUGCGAUCCCGCUCCACCCACUCCCUGCCUUCAAAGGGAAAGAUGUGACUGAGUACCUGCGAAACUUCAACCAGCAAGCAGAACUCAUGAAUAUUUCUGAAGACAAAAAGCCGGGACUCUUUGAAUCAUACACCGACCCCGAGAUGAAGAGAGAAGUCCGGCAAGCUAUGGAAGGCUUCGACUGGAAAGAGGCCCAAGAGAAACUGAAGGAGUCCUUUGCGAACGAUGACUCCGAUCAAACCGAAACGGUCGAAGAGAAGCUUGAAAUACUCAAUGAGGUCCGACUGAAGGUUGACUUUCACGCCAUUAUUAAAUGGUUGAAUGAACAUCAGUAUCUCUUCAAACAGACCGAUAAGAAUUGGAUGGACUCCCGCACGCAGUCCCGAGCCAUCUACAAAGCACUGCCUGAGGAGGUCAUUGAUGGGAUCUGCGAAAGGCACAACAAAGGCGUCAGGGAACUCACCAUCAUGAACUACCAUGACCUUACGGAUAUGAUCAAACGGUACUGCGAGAACAAGAUCGAGAUCAGGAAGACCCACCGCUCUAGAAACGAAGAUGAUACUCGCAAGGUCACCUGGGCCCCGACCCCUCCAAGGAACUCCAGCCCCUCCACGAAAAGCACCAAGACCCCUAGGAUCCUGAGAAAGGAGCCCGACGAAGUGACCAACUCGAAGAUCGACGACCUUACCGCGCAAUUGACCCAGCUCUCGAUCAAUCUGGCGAAAGGGCAGGAGACACAGCUACAGCUCGCUCAGAUCAUCCAGAGGGAGAACGACAGGCAGGCUGCCACGGGGACGAGCCAACCCUUCAGGACAAACGCCGUAUCAAUUGAUCAACCUCAGAACCACGAGAAUCUCUACACAUACGCGGCCUACGGAUCGGGGCGAGGUGGCUACCAAAACAACAUGGCGUGUUGGUAUUGCGCAGGAAGAAACCAUUUUCCCGACACCUGUGCUGACCUGGCCUAUGAUAAAAGCGCCGGUAUCGCGAGUUACGACCCUCAAGGUGGAGCGGCCCUCCUCGGAAGGGGUGAUGCAAUGCUGCCGCCGAAUCUUGUGUACCAAUUCAAGAAGUUCGAGUCCGAAAGCUCGUCCACAACUGCCGAGAACAACAUCAUUGACGAUUUCAUACGGAAGAACCCCGAGGCCUUGGAUCUCUACCGCCCGAAGUAUAAGUCCCCAGAAGGGUUUGAUCGAUUGCCUAAGGAAAUUACGCGUGGGGACCGAGAUAUCCUGGACAGCCAGAACCCGCCGCCUGGAACCUCCACUAAUGGGGCGCCUCAGACGCUUACCACUACGACUGUCGCCGUCAACGCCAAUGCAAGGAAGAGGGUCCAUGUCGAAGAUAUCACUGAAGUGCAAGAAGCUGCUCAGCCGAUCAGGAAGUCGACUCCAAUUGAGAAACCAGCCGCUACAGGCAAAGAGAAGAGCCAGAGGUUUCAAACGCUUGAGGAAAAGCAGGCUUCAAUCAUACAGGAGCUGAGAGAUGACUUUCGAACGAAGAAGAUCUCGAUUCCAGCUGAUAAGCUAUUCACAUUGCUGCCCCAACUAGGCAGAGAGGUAGCGGAAGAUUGCCAAGACAUUGCUAACAGCGUGGAACAGAUCACCUACAUCGAACCCGCGCCGUAUACCACCGGAGAAGGGCGGGGACCAUCUGAUCAAAAGGCCAACGGCGCCAAUGCGGUCCAAGUUGGUGAACAAGACUGGGGAGAGGCCUACUGGACAGCGAUCAGCGAGAGAGCCGGCGUGAACGUAAUUCUCAUCGACGAAGUAAGCCAAACCGACCGAACCGAUGAUAAUACGAAGGACCUUCAGCCCGGAGACUAUAUCGUCACAACCGACGCGGGCACAACGGACGAAGAGACAAAGACGGUGGAGGUUCGUCAGAACAAGACGGAGACCUCAGGGAAGACCACGCCCACAGCCAAGGAAAGAGAACCGACUGAUCAGAUGGUUAAUAACAUCGAACUGAUGGACGAGGGCCAAAGCAAGAGAGUCGCCCAGUCCCAGGAACUACCUCGCAUUCUUGUGAGACUCGAUAAUCCGGAGGGCAAGGUCAUCGAAGCCAUGGUGGAUACAGGCUCCGAAGGGAACAUCAUUUCGCAGGAGCUUGCAAAAAAGCCUGCGGCCUCAAAGUUGCUCCAGCCCGUGCCUCAACCACGUCUUUCUCCCAGGACCAAAUCACCAUGCUAG